UAUGUGGACUCUCCAGGUGCUGCUGUACUCAGGUGACAGGGCUUAUGAGGACUACUACCCUCCCAUGAGGGGUCGAGUCCACUUCAACUCACCUGACCCCAAAAAUGGCGAUGCCUCCAUCACCCUGACUGGCCUGAAAUCGUCUGACUCGGGCACCUACCAGUGUAAGGUGAAGAAGGCGCCGGGGAUUCGCAGCAGGAAGAUGCUGCUGAUCGUCAUGGUGAAGCCGUCCAAGCCCAGGUGCUUCGCCGAAGGCCCGACGCAGGAAGGCAAAGAUAUCGUACUGCGCUGCUUAUCGAGCGAAGGCACCAGCCCUCUGCAGUACAGCUGGGAGAAAACCAGCGGCAACAAGCUGCUGCCCGCCACCGCCAUGCUCGAUCCCGUUGGAGGCACCAUUAAUGUCAAGAACGCAUCUGCCAGCGCAUCUGGCACUUACCGCUGCACUUCCAGCAACCGGGUUGGCAUCGAGGAGUGUAUACUGCAGCUUAAUGUGACACCUCCCCCCAACACCGCGGGUAUCAUCGCAGGAGCCAUCAUCGCUGUGCUCCUCAUCCUCAUCAUCAUCGCUAUCAUUCUGUUCUGCUGCUGCCGCGCCCGUCACCGAAAGAAGUACGAGAAGGAAAUCUGCAACGAGAUCAGAGAGGGAUGUCCCCCGCCCAAGAGUCGCGUUUCCACAGCGCGCAGCUUCACCGUGGGCAGCCAGCGCUCAUCCCUGGGCAUGUCGCCAUCCAACCUGCACGAGUACGCCCUCAAACCGCAGUACGACAAGAUCCCGUACGAGGAGUACGACAGGCCCCCGAGCCACGCCCCCCCCCCGCCCACCGCCUCCAGGAUGGGCGGGCCCAACCUGAGCCGCAUGGGGGCCAUCCCGGUCAUGAUCCCGGCCCAGAACAGGGACGGAUCCAUCGUGUAGCCCGUCCCGUUCUCCGGGGACAGAACAGGAGUAAGACACAAGUCAAUGAGGAUGGAGCAGGAGCAGGGAGGGGCCAAUAAGCCCCGCCCUCAGCUCCUCGUAUUUACAAACAGGAGUUUACCCUCUCAUGAAGACCAGGCUCUGUUGUGUUGUACUGGAACCACAACAGAGCACAUGAACCUUUUAUCAACAAUAGAAUUUUACUUUCUGGACUUUCUCACUGAAAUUAGAGCGGAUAUACAGCAGAACGGUCAAUAUAC